AUGAAGAGUAUUUAUCAUAAAGUUGGGCAGAACUUUACGUCCAGUGAAUACCGAGGCAAGAUCUAUUUACUACAAGAGAAAGACUCCAGUGAACCUUUCAGUAUUGUGCGAAUGGAUCUUAUCACACGAUACACUGUGGCUCAAUUUAAAGCCGAACUAUUCCAAAGGCAUCCUGAGUUAGAACCACCUUACGAUAGAUGGCGUGUGAGAAAGAAGAAUUGGAAGAACCCCGCCAAAAUUUAUCUGGAUUCAAUGAAUUUUAUGGAUGACAUUUCACUGUAUUCUAAUUGGGAAAUAUUCAUUCAGGACCUGUUGCCCUUACAUGGAAAUGCACAAUCGUCUAAUUGUGUAGAAAAUAACGCAACACCUCAUUCGUUUGAAAUCAAAACUAAUCCGGAUCAACUGGUGCUGUUUGUCAAGAGAUGGAGGCCUUCUGAAUUGAAAUUGGACGAUUUUCAAGAAGUCGUGCUUGAUGGUCUGACAAUAGAUGAAUUAAAAGAAAAGUUACAUCAUUUAUCUGGAAUAGCAGUUGAAGACAUUGAAAUUGCAAAGGCACCAAACAAUUUCCCUUGUGAAACAUCUGUACUGACAAUACACAACGACCAAGAAUGGAAUCCGCAAGCCAAUACAUUGGAUUCUUUCCCUCUUCACGUUUACGAAGAUGGCAGUGUUUUCUAUUACAGAACUGAAAGAAUUGACUGCGACUGCCGAAGAGAACGUGAGAUAAUGGCAAAAGAGGCCCACCGAUUUGGAAGACAAUCUAGCUUAAACAUCAACACAUUCGCCAAGAGAGAGCGAGCCCUGAAAAUCUACUUAGACAAUUCACCUAAGAAAAAGGACCUCAUCGAUUAA